CGGCGCCGGCUGGGCUCCGAGCCCUCCCUCCACCGGGCCAGCAGGGAGACCCGACAGGACUUCGAGCAGAGGGAGCCCUACAACUACCUCCAGGUGGCCCUGUUCAAGCUGAAGAAGCUGGAUGAAGCGGUGUCAGCGGCUCACACGUUUUUCGUGGCCAAUCCCCAGCACAUACAGAUGCGUGAAGACAUGGAAAAAUACCAGCGCAUGGCAGAGGUGAAGCUAGAGAGUUUCCGAGACCUGCAGGCCACACCAUAUUGGGAGGCGUACGAAACCGGGGUGCAGCACUACAAUGCAGAUGAGUACCUGCAGGCUGCCAGGAAGCUGGAAGAGUCGCUCGAAGAGGUGCUGUUGGCACUGGAGGAUUGUCGCGCUCUGUGCGAGGGGCCCCAGGAGGAUGGCACAGAGGAGGAGAUGCAACCCAGCCUUUAUGAAGCCAUUGCAGGUAGUGUCCUGAUGUGCAGGCAGCACUGCGUCCUGGAGAUUGCCACCAAGCCCGGACGGGUUUCAGCCACAGACGAUUUCAUCCCAUCCCAUUUGGACUUGCUGCAGUUUGCUUAUGAUCAGGCUGGGAACCAGGCCUUGGCUGCUGAAUGCGCCGCUUCCUACCUGCUCUUCUAUCCUGCGGAUGAGCUGAUGUUGGAGAAGAUGAAACAGUAUGAGACGGAGCUGGGAGAAGGAACAUUAGUCACAGCCAGAGAGAAUAUUCGGCGCUAUGUGCAGAGGUCUCUGAUGGAGAAGAAGUUGAUUUACUAUGCGGUGGAGCAUCUGGGAGGAAUUUUUAAUGACCCUGAUCCCUGGACCCCAGAGGAGCUGAUUCCUGAAAGUCUGAAGCAGAAACACAGAGAGAAUCAGGAGAAGCAGAGGCUGGAGAAUCUGGAUGUUGGAGACCAAGAGCAGAGGGGUCCAUUCUCUUUUGAGGGGAUCACCGUCGCCAUGGACUCUCGCCAGCUGAAUGGAUCCCAGCGAGUUUUCUUUGACAGAGUGCUGACAGAGUCCGAAUGUAAGGACAUUCUCCGGCUGGCAAUGGCAGCUGGCGGCAGGGGAGAUGGUUACCGGGGCAGACAGUCCCCUCACACGCCCCAUGAGAGAUUUGAAGGGUUAACAGUGUUAAAGGCUUUGAAGCUGGCACAGGAUGGGACUGUGAACUGGAGAGAUGCCAGACUGCUCCUGCAUGCCAGUGAGAAGUCCCGGAAAAUAGUAGAGUCCUAUUUCACCCCUGGGAAAAGGCUCCAUUUCUCAUUCACGCACCUCGUGUGCCGCACGGCUGUGGAGGGGGAGCAGGAUGGUCGCAUGGAUCUCAGUCAUCCAGUUCAUGCUGAUAACUGUCUCUUGGAUCCUGAGGGGAAAGAAUGCUGGAGAGAGCCGCCUGCCUACGUGUACAGGGACUACAGUGGGAUCCUCUAUCUCAACGACGACUUCCUUGGUGGGGACCUGUUCUUCACUGAACUGGAUGCAGUGACCGUUACGGCUCAGGUGCCCCCCAAAUGUGGGAGGCUGGUGGCCUUCAGCUCCGGAGGGGAGAAUCCGCACGGCGUGUGGGCAGUGACGCGCGGGAGGCGCUGUGCCAUUGCCCUGUGGUACACGCUUUCCCCGGAGCAUGCAGAGCAGGAGCGGAUGGAGGCUGAGGACCUGAUGAGACAGGGAGACAUGGAGCGGGAACCACCACACACAGAUGGCGAGGAGCCUACGGGGUCUGACCCCAGUGGUGGGGCCUCACCUGAGCCCCCUGUGACCAAGGGAAGAGCCAGAUCCACAAGUCAGAGACAUAGGCCAGGUUCAGAAUCAGGGCAGCAGCCCCAGAACCUGCGAGCCAGGGAUGAGUUCUGAAGCAAGGCAUGACAGCAGGAGGCAGGCCACCACCACUGGCCUGGUACCUUCUUAGGGACACAGCAGGUAGAGGUGGUAGGGCAAUUUAUUGUACUUGCUCAUUGACAGGGGGAGGGGUGCAGCUUGCAGAAUGAGGGCAUCAUGAGCAGGAAGGGCCCUGGCACCCAGACCCAUAUUCACUCCCUUGACCUGAGAAUCAUUUUGCCAUGCAGAAGUAACAAGCCAAGCUCCCCUCCCCUUCCUUUCCCUCUCCACCAUGUCCUGUCAUCCAGUGGAACCACCCAUAUUCAUAUAGGGCCAAAGCAAAGCAGGGGAAGGGAGUUCUAGGGCCCUUUUUGGGUGGAGGAUUUUCUUACUCUUCAGAUAUUGGGUGGGAAGGAGAGGAAGAUCCAGAGAGUUUUGUGACCAAGAGAGGGAGAGGGAGGGUCGAGGUGUGACUGUGAAAUAAAGGACAAAUGAACAACCCAA